UGUGUAAGUCCGUGUCGACAGGCGGUGGUGUAACAAUUACAACAUAUACAAACUGUGCAGACAAAUGCUGUGGUGACGUCAACGACCAAUACUGCUGCGAGGACAGUAAUAAUGGUCUUAUGAUAGCCAUUGUCGGCACGGCAGUGGUAUUUCUGAUUCUGGCCAUAGGAUUGGCGAUUUGCUGUAUGAAGAACCAUUCCAGAAAAACCACACGUGUAGCGGUCUUACAAAUCACGGAGCAGUCGCAUGCUGCGGCCCGGAGAGAUGAACGAAGAGAGAGGAGGCAACGGGAGGCGGCAGCCGCAAUGGCAGCCUUCCCUCAGCAAUAUAUGGCUGGAUAUCCCAACGUCCCUCCACCGUCCUAUAACACUAUGUACGGGGAUGCUGCUCUUCCGGGGGCGUUUGGGGAACAACAUAUCCCGCCUCCUGCAGCAUAUCCCCCGCUCCCAAAUGUUGGGGCACCGAGUGAAGCAUACGGAGGGGCACCGAGUGGAGCGUACGGAGGGGCACCGAGUGGAGCGUACGGAGGGGCACCGAGUGGAGCGUACGGAGGGGCACCAAGUGGAGCGUACGGAGGGGCACCGAGUGGAGCGUACGGAGGGGCAACAAGUGGAACAUACGGAGGGGCACCGAGUGGAGCGUACGGCGGGGCACCAAGUGGAGCAUACGGCGGGGGUGGCGCGACGGACGGAACGGAUCCUUAUCCAACCAAACACUGAUUCUGGACAUGCAUAUCUUAGUUGAUUGUGAUAUGUUCAAUCAGAACUUCACAAAUUACUCAAAUGUACGAUACUAUUUUGUAAUUGUUUAA